CUCGACCGACCGAACGACAAGGCCCUCUCAUCCUCCUCCUCCAAGAUGCAGAUCUUCGUGAAGACUCUCACCGGCAAGACCAUCACCCUUGAGGUCGAGUCGUCUGACACGAUCAACAAUGUCAAGGCCAAGAUCCAGGACAAGGAGGGAAUCCCUCCGGACCAGCAGCGCCUCAUCUUUGCUGGCAAGCAGCUAGAGGAUGGCCGCACCCUGGCUGACUACAACAUCCAGAAGGAGUCCACCCUCCACCUGGUGCUCCGCCUCCGCGGAGGCAUGCAGAUCUUUGUCAAGACCCUCACCGGCAAGACCAUCACCUUGGAGGUGGAGUCCUCGGACACCAUCGACAAUGUGAAGGCGAAGAUCCAGGACAAGGAGGGCAUUCCCCCGGACCAGCAGCGUCUGAUUUUUGCCGGCAAGCCGGACCAGCAGCGCCUCAUCUUCGCUGGCAAGCAGCUUGAGGAUGGCCGCACCCUGGCUGACUAUAACAUCCAGAAGGAGUCCACCCUCCACCUGGUGCUCAGGCUUCGUGGAGGCAUGCAGAUUUUUGUCAAGACGCUCACCGGCAAGACCAUCACCCUGGAGGUGGAGUCCUCGGACACCAUCGACAAUGUGAAGGCCAAGAUCCAGGACAAGGAGGGUAUCCCCCCGGACCAGCAGCGCCUCAUCUUUGCUGGCAAGCAGCUGGAGGAUGGCCGCACCCUGGCAGACUACAACAUCCAGAAGGAGUCUACCCUUCACCUGGUGCUCCGCCUGCGUGGUGGCCAGUAAGUGCAUUCUCGUGGUGCGGCUUCUGUCUCAGGGUUAACACCAAUGGAGUUUUCAGCGUGUGCUCUGGUCGUGUUUCUAUCGCUGCUAUGUUUGUGUUCGCAAACUUAUGAUGUAAUGUGGCUUUGGAGUUUGGAUGAUGAAACGUGAUGAAUAAGUGAAUCCUUGAUAUCGCUAUAUAUCUGCAGAUUUUUGCGUUGAA